AUGAACCCGUUAAUAUUAACAGUUUUGUUUUUAUCAGCAUAUUUAAAACUUCCAAAUGUUCACGCGUUACCUACAACAAACAAUAAUGGCUUAAUACAAGACAGCCCUUUAAUAGGCUUAUUUACCCCAGACAAACAUAAUCGCAACGCUAAACCUUCACAAGUUUCUGACGUGAUUUUCGACAGCAACUCAUAUUACAACGUAUCUCAGCAGCGCCACUUAGACACCUCUUUAGAACAAACCGAGUCUGAAGAAAAUGAAAAAAGCCCUGAUGGAAGCGAUUCAAGCCAUCAUGAAUGCUCAGAAAUCGUUCAUUUCACAGACAAAUGCAUAUUUGUUAAGAAGUACUGCAAAGAGGAACAUCUCGGAUUUUUCAACUACUUGGAAAUUUAUUAUUGCUCUCAUUCAUGGUCCGUUUCUGCAAUCUUGGUUGUUGUCUUUUCUCUCUGGCUUGCCAUUUUAUUCAUGUCAAUCGGUAUUGCUGCAUCAGAUUAUUUAUGUCCUAAUUUAAACACCAUUUCUAAAAUGCUCGGCCUUUCAGAAUCACUUGCAGGUGUUACUUUUCUUGCAUUUGGAAAUGGUUCACCUGAUGUAUUCAGUACAUAUGCAGCUAUGAAAAUUGGAUCUGGAUCACUAGCCAUUGGCGAGCUUAUUGGCGCCGCUUCCUUUAUCACCGCAGUUGUGGCUGGGUCAAUGGCAAUAAUUCGUCCAUUUAAAGUAGCCAGAAAGUCCUUUACACGAGAUAUUGUUUUCUUUACUGUUGCUGUUGGAUUUUCUAUCUACUUCAUAUCUGACGGUGUUAUAACUCGCUUAGAAUGCGUUGCUAUGCUAUCCAUUUAUGUCUCUUACGUUAUCUUUGUCGUAGGAUGGCACUGGUACAAUACAACUAGAAGAAAACGGUAUUUGGUCGAAACAAGAGCCCGUGAUUUUUACACUGAGGCGGGACAUGAAGCAAAUAUUGAACAAGAUGAAGAAAUUAGAGACGAAGCAUCAAUUUUAACACAGGGAUUAGAUUACACGGGAUUUAAUUCCUCCAGUUUUGGAGAAGAAGAAGAGCGCCAACCAAGUCCUUUUAGGUUUGCUUCACCCAGAGGAAGUAUAAUUGCACUUCCUGGAUCACCCCUCCCUGCCUGGCAAGAACAAUUUGAAGAUGAGCAAGAAGAGGCAUAUGGUGAACUUACAAGAGGUAUGAGAUUACGACCACAAAAUCUUCCCCCCACUACCUCAUCCCAAAGUGUUGCUGCUGUCUCGGCAGCUAUGUCUGCAGCGACAGCAGGAACUGAUUUGCAUAUCCUUGGUUCACACUCCCCCAUGACACCAAUCAGACCAUCUUUAUAUGGUGCUCUAGAAUUUCGAAAUGUUCUACAGCAAUUGGAGGAUUCUCGCAGCUCACAUUCCAAUAUUAUCCCCUUGUUGAGAAGGUCACAGGAAAGUGAUCAAUAUAAUGACCAAGAACAGGGAUUAUCACAAUCUCUUCCAAAUACAGAAUCGUAUUUGGCAUCAAGGGCUGCAGCAGACCAAAGUCCUCUAAGUCCCCUGAGCCCAAAUUACCAUGAACAGCGCCCAGCUAUAAAAAAGAAUUUAACAUUGCCAACACAACUUCACAGACUAAGAACACAGAAUUCCUCAACUUCUAGUCUACCUACAACAUCAAGAGGGAGCAGCCCUCUUUCUUCUACACCUGUCAUUUUUUCACCACAGAGUUCUGAGUCUUCCCCAAGCUCUGUGAAACCCAUACUACCAAAGCUUCAAAUCCCUCAGCUUUUAGUAUCAGAUUAUCAUUCAGAAGAUAGUCCUACAGUCAUUUUAUCUCCCACUGAAAUAAACAUACCCGAAGUCUCGAAUCAUGAUUUGAACUCUAUUAUUUCACCAAUUAGUAAAAAAUCCAAUCUUGGAAUCCCAAUCAUACGCUCUAGGGAAAGCUCGAGACCUUCGACUCCAAAUAUCAUUGAAACAGACGAAACUGAUGAGUUGUCAAGAACCACUUCUACAGCGCCGCAUGACCUAAUUCCACCUUCUUCGCAUUUUAGCACAAGCUGGUUUAAUUAUGUCGUACCUUCAAUACCGAAGCGAUACACAUCUUAUUUUUCAACGCUUUUCCCCUCAUUGGUAGGAUUGACUACCAAAUCAUUGAUUAGUAUCAUUACUUCUAUUGCAACUGCUCCCACAAUACUGUGCUUGAACGUGACGAUUCCCGUUAUUGAGGCCGAGACAAUUGAAAAAGAAGCAUCCCUAUCAACUAUUCCUAAUUCUCCUAUAAGAGAACAAACACACCAAGAGCCUAGUUAUAAUCUGGAUUCUUAUUUUGAUAGUCGUGCACCUUAUCAUGAUAACGAAAAUACACAUAACCAUCAAAUUUUUGAAGAUGGAACAUCAAAUGACGAUCUAUUUUCAUCUAACAAUGAUCAGUUUGGACUACAAGUGCCCCAAUCACCUAAAAUCUAUGUUCCAAUCAAACGUUGGCUUUUAGUACUUCAAGCAAUAUUCGGUCCUUUUUUCGUUUUAAUAUCAAAUAUGGAUGAUGAUUCUUCCUGGCCUUCUACAAUUAUGUAUUCGAUACUAUCAUGCGCAACAUUAUUGAUUAUGAUUCGGAUGUUUGUUCCUGAUCCAAGAAGUGCUCCAACAUACAUUCAAUUUGUUUCAUUGAUUGGAUUUGUUAUUGCUAUUUCUUGGAUCUCAGUUGUUGCCAAUGAGGUUGUUGGUAUCUUAAAGGCAAUGGGUAUUAUGUUUCAUAUUUCUGAUGCAGUUCUUGGUCUCACAGUUUUUGCUGUUGGUAACUCACUUGGUGAUUUGGUAGCAAAUACCACAGUUGCUAAAAUGGGCUUCCCUAUGAUGGCUCUUUCAGCUUGCUUUGGCGGCCCUAUGCUAAAUAUUUUAGUUGGCAUCGGCAUGUCAGGGUUAAUUAUCAUGUCCGGAAAGUCCUAUAGUCACAUUGGUGCCAUUUCACCUGAUGGAUAUCAUAUUAAAAUAUCAAACAGUUUGAUUAUUUCUGGGAUCACAUUACUUGUGACACUUUUAUUUUUACUCAUUACAAUUCCCUUAAAUAAAUGGAAAAUGAGUCGAGUCAUUGGUAUUAUCUCAGUAUCAUUUUGGAUCGUUUCAACAGUUAUCAACGUUAUUAUAGAAGUUACUGUUUUUGAACACUAG